AUGGCGGUGGAGACGACAGCAAUCAUAUCCUGUAGAUCCGGAAGUGUGGGAGGUGGCACCGACGCCAUAUGCAGAGCGGCCAAGCGCUCCGACAUUUGGGAAUGGUGGUCGUCUUUUGCGGCGCUCGCGACGUGGUUUGCGAGCGCCGCUCCGGGAGUCGCCGUCUAUGAUCCUCGUCUUGUUGUCGCCACCAAAUGCAUCAUCAUCGCCACUCUUGCUUGCGUGCUCGCGACGUGUCAUUGGUUGGCGUCGACCUCCUGUGGCAUCGUAGUCGUCAAUGCUCUUCAGCUCCUCCAAAUGCCCGACGCCAUUGCCGUCUAUGACUCGUUCGUCAUCACCACCGACCGCUUCGUCAUCACCCUCCUCCAGAGGUUCCUGACUUGCAAGCUCGUGAUGUGGUUCGCGAGCGUCGCUUGA